CACUACAACCCACAUAGAUAACGCCUAUGUCGUUUAUUUGUCUCUUUUCUCCCACUCUUCAAAACUCAUUUCCUAAUACACCCACCAUCCUCUUUAUAUUAGUACUACUUCCUUCUCCCUAUAAUCUUCCUCUCAUUUUCCAGUAGUAAAUAUUAAGCUAAUUAAUUACCUUAAUUUCUUCGUAUUAUCCUAACAAUAUUAUGGCUGAAUCAGAUACGAAAAGCUGUAGCGACGAAACUGAUCGGUCAGAUCAAAACGACGAUCUAGGGUCAGGCAGGUGCUACGAGUGCGCAUUUUGCAAGAGAGGCUUCACCACCGCACAAGCCUUGGGUGGACACAUGAACAUCCAUCGCAAAGAUAGAGUCAAGCCCAUCAGGCCUAAUUACACGGCUGAUGAUCAUCAUCAUAACCAUAAUCCCGUGAUUUCGAGCAAAUUAGUGGACGAUAAUUAUGCAAGUUUUAGAUCCUUCUUUGCAAUCCAAAGCUACCCGCCGGUGCACUUCGCUAGAGCUCCUGAUCAUCAGGUACAUCUAGAUUAUCACCACACAUAUACAGCUUUGGGUAAUACUACUGUGCCGAAACCCUCACAAGAUCAAUAUAAUUCACAGGAUCAUGAUCCCAAUUAUUAUGAUCCGUUGAGAGGGAAUUGGAGAGGAAGUACUUUGAGCUUAGGAAUCGGUAUGGAACAAGAAGAUGAUCAUGAUCAUCAUGAAUAUCAUCAUGAUAAAGAGAAAAUAAGUGGUGGUCUGCAUAGAGAAGAUCAUGUGGAAGUGGAUUUGGAGCUUCGACUUGGUUAUGAUCCAUAG